GUCAUGUAAGAUUUUCAAUUCUUUUAUCUUUCUCAUGGGAUUUCAAUGGUUACAAUGUUAGUUUUAGGGUUUAUGUGAUUUUGAGAUUGAUUAGGGAUUUGGAAGUUAGUUUAGGGCCGGGAUUGAAGUUUUUAUUUACGAUUUGUGUGAUUGGAGUUAUAGAUUUUGGAUUUCUUUAAUUUGAAUAAAGUUUUUUAAAAUUUUUUUUUUAAUUAUAUAAAAAUCGUUUUUAAUUAUAAAACGUUUCAUAUUUUUAUAUUUUUUUCAUUAUAAAAUUUCGUUAAAUUAAUUUAAAAACACUUUUUAAUUAUUAUAAAAAAAAUUUAAUUAUAAAAAGUUUCUUUUUUUUUGAAACACAAUUAUAAUACGUUUCUAAAUAAUAAAAAAAGCUUACUAAUGUUUUUAAAUAAUAAAAAAGCUUACUACGUUUAUAAUAAAACGUUUUUUUUUUUUUGAAACACAAUUAUAAUACGUUUCUAAAUAAUAAAAAAGCUUACUAAUGUUUUUUUUUCGUAGGGAUGAACCACCUCCUCUUAUAGUUAGACGUCGUUUUCGCCGGGGUACUUCUUCAGUCACUCAGAGUACGUCACCCGCUAGUAGCCCAGUUGCAGCUACCACUCCUCCAGCAGCCCCCACCCCUCCAGCAGCCCGCACCCCCCCUUCUGUAGCUUCCGGCCCUUCUCAAAGUUCAAGAGGAGGAGGAUUGCCUACUACGAUGACUGUUGCGGAGUUAGUUAGGCAACCUGGCCGAGAAUCGCUUCAGCGCCUUGAUCCAAAUUAUCUUAUUGUCCCAAACACCACUUGGUUUGAUUUGUCUGGCAAUGGUAUCACCAACAGCCUUCUUAGGAUGGAGUACACGAUGCUAAAGCGUGGUUAUCCAACUUUCUAUGACAUGCCUGCAGAAGAUCAAGAACUUUGGUUUCGGCAAUUUGCGCAAGAGUUCACUUGGGAAUCAGGGAUUACCGAACAAGUGAAAAUUGUUUUCCGCCGCAAAGCAGCUUCGCACUACACCAAGCGGAUCAAUGAGUGGAAGCAAAAAUUCGAUGUUGGUGAGGUCCCGAAGCACAUCAACCCAGACGUUUGGCGGGAUUUGUGUGGUCAUUGGACGAAAGAUGAGACAAAGUCUUUGUCGACAAUCAACUCGCAAAAUCGGUGUAGCAGGCGUGGCGGGAAAGGGAUGUUUGUCCACAACUUAGGGGCAACAAGUUUACAGACCCGAGCACUUCAGCUAAUGAAGGAAAACGGUGGAGUUCCCGUAGAUGAUUUUACCCUGAUGAAGAAUGCCUAUACCAACAAGAAGACUGGCGUGAUUCAGGAUGGACUUAUUCAGGACGUAAUCCAGGUCGUGGAAAAUCGAAAAGAGGAUCUCCUCGCGACUCAAGCUUCUAUGUGUGAAGAAGGCGAUUCUGCAUCUUCCAACUCCUUAACCGUAGAGCAACUCAACAACCUUGUUCUCGAGGCUGUUCCAAGGAAAAAGGGCCGUUAUGUUGGAUUGGCUCGUUCGACCGGAGGGGCUUCUUCUUCUUCUUCAGCUCACUAUCCACUGGUUCAUGAGCUUAUGGAGCAGAUUAAGACCAAAGAUACGGAGAUUGAGUUCCUCAAGAAUGACAAUGCUGAAAUCCGGGUUGAGCUGCAGCAAAACCGAACGACUAUGGAGCAAAACAAUGUUCUCACCCAGACCUUGUUGCAGAAGUUUAGGAGCCGAUUCGGUGAAGACUUUUAGUUGUUUUUUUAAUUUUCAAAAACUUUUUAUUACUUUUCAUAACUUUAAUGUAUAAUAAUGUUGAAUUUAUAUAUCUAUAAUGUUUUUAAAUUCUAAAUUAUCAAUUUUUUCCUGAAAUUAAAUAAAGAAUUAUAAAAAUUGUUUUUUUUUAAUUAAAAAAGGAAAACCGACGGAUGAAGUUUUCCGUCGGAAUUUCUACAUAUUUCCGACGAAUAUGUUCCGUCGGUUUUUUUCUAAAAAUUCCGACGACACAUAUCCGUCGGUUUUUUCAGAAAAUUCCGACGAAUUCUCUUCGUCGGUAUUCUCUAUAAAUACCGACGAACAUAUUCCGUCGGAAAUUUUAGAAAAUUUCCGACGAAACAUAUCCGUCGGUUUUUUCAGAAAAUUCCGACGAAUUAUCUUCGUCGGUAUUCUCUAUAAAUACCGACGGAUAUGUUUCGUCGGAAAUUUUAGAAAAAAACCGACGGAAUAUGUUCGUCGGUAUUUACCGACGAUAUGUGUUCGUCGGUAUUUUGCCGACGAAUUGCCGACGAAUAUCAGUAUACCGACGAGAUGAUACCGACGGACAUAUUUCGUCGGUAUUCCAUCGGUAUGCUACUUUCCCGACGAGAUUAUGACGGAUUUGUCCAUCGGUAUCAAGCAGUUUUCUU